GAGCGGGGCCUCCCCUUCCUGCCCCUCCCCUCCCUACACGAGUUACACGGCCCGGCCCCUGGCAGGGUGUCACUCUGGUGUCCUGACUGACGGAGCCGCCGCAGCUCCCGGGCACAGACUGGCACACAGGACGUCUUACCCUCCGCACAAUGGCCGAGCAGCAGACCUCAGGGCAGGGGGAAGCAGAUCGCCUGGACCCGAUGGAUGACGCGGAGCUGGCCCUGGUGGGCAUCAAUAUGCUGCUCAACAAUGGCUUCAGAGAAUCCGAUCAGCUCUUCAAGAAAUACAGGAAUCACAGUCCAUUGAUGAGCUUUGGAGCUAGUUUUGUCAGCUUUUUGAACGCCAUGAUGACUUUUGAAGAGGAAAAAAUGCAGGUAGCGUGCGAUGACUUGAAAAUGACCGAAAAGCUGUGUGAGAGUGAUGAAGGAGUGAUAGAGACAAUCAAAAAUAAGAUCAAGAAAAAUGUCGACGUUAGGAAGUCUGCCCAGUCUAUGGUUGACCGCCUGCAGAGACAGAUCAUUAUUGCAGACUGCCAGGUCUAUUUAGCCGUGCUUUCUUUUGUUAAGCAGGAACUGUCAGCAUACAUCAAAGGUGGUUGGAUCCUGCGAAAGGCCUGGAAAAUUUACAACAAAUGCUAUGUGGACAUUAACACUCUCCAGGAAAUGUAUCAGAAGAAGCUAACUCAGGAAUCCUCUCCCACUGACGCUGCCAAUGAUAAUCACAUUGCUGUGGAGGGUGUCACGGAGGAUGCUCUGAACAGACUGAAAGGUGCUGUGAGCUUUGGCUACGGACUUUUUCACCUUUGCAUAUCCAUGGUGCCCCCAAACCUGCUCAAAAUCAUCAACUUGCUGGGGUUUCCAGGAGACCGUCUGCAGGGGCUAUCUUCACUGAUGUAUGCAAGUGAAAGUAAGGACAUGAAGGCCCCUUUAGCUACGCUAGCCUUGUUGUGGUACCAUACCGUAGUCCGCCCUUUUUUUGCACUAGAUGGAAGUGAUAAUCAAGCAGGACUAAAGGAGGCAAAAGAAAUUCUCCACAAGAAAGAAUCGGCAUAUCCAAACUCCUCUCUAUUCAUGUUCUUUAAAGGAAGAGUCCAAAGACUAGAGUGUCAAAUAAACAGUGCCUUGACCUCCUUCCACACUGCUUUGGAGCUCGCAACAGAACAGCGAGAAAUCCAGCAUGUUUGUCUGUAUGAGAUUGGUUGGUGCAGCAUGAUAGAAUUGAACUUUAAGGAUGCCUUCCGAUCCUUUGAACGGUUAAAAAAUGAAUCAAGAUGGUCGCAGUGUUACUACGCCUAUCUCACUGCAGUCUGUCAAGGUGCAACAGGAGAGGUGGAUGGUGCACAAGAAGUAUUUAGAGAUGUCCAGAAGCUUUUCAAGAGGAAAAACAAUCAGAUUGAGCAGUUUUCAGUGAAAAAGGGCGACCGAUUCAGAAAACAAAAACCAACCAAACAGCUGUGUGUACUGGCGGCCAUUGAGGUCCUGUACCUGUGGAAAGCUCUACCGAAUUGUUCCUUGUCCAACCUUCAGCACAUGAGUCAAGCUUGCCAAGAAGUUGUGGAUCCAUCUGUAGCUGGACUGAGGAGUUUACUCCUUGGCGCCAUCCAUAAAUGUCUGGGCAAUGUUGAAGAUGCCGUUCAGUUCUUCCAACGUGCAGUGAAGGAUGAGCAGGGACGACAGCAGAACCUCUACAUCCAGCCAUAUGCUUGCUAUGAGCUAGGCUGCCUCUUGCUGGACAAUCCAGAGACCGUUGGAAAGGGGAAAACAUUACUGUUUCAAGCAAAGGAGGAAUACAGUGGCUAUGAUUUUGAGAACAGACUACACGUUCGCAUCCACGCAGCCUUGGCCUCUCUCAGGGAAGUGGUCCCUCAGUGACGGAGAGGAGGACGGGACUCUUAAAUCCCACACAGCUUUCCGCACUUUUACCACACGGGAUAAACAUGGCCGAUGUGGACGGUGAUGUGGGUCUAAGAGUUUCUUCAGAAAGCCGCCCGUGCCAGAGACUUAGGAAUAUUCACAGUAGAAGCAGAGCUGGUCAAAAAGAGAAUUCACAACCUUUUUUCAUCUGGAUAUGUAGGACUGUGACCUAAAGACGUGACUACAAUGGACGGCUGUCCUAGGGACUGUGGUAGUGACCUUGUAUAGCAUGUCCGUUUAACCCUUGUGUCAAUCAGAAUUGGCGCAGCAGUUCAGCUCACCUCACCAAUGGUGUUUUUAUUAGUUUUUGACUGUUUUAGUUAUAUGUUCUGUUCCUUGUGCUGUAUUAUACUAGUAGGCUUACCUGGUUCAAACAUUAGGCUACAAUAUUAGCUAUAAAAUACAAGGUGGUUCUGAGUACCCAUCUAGUGUUUCCUAAGCAGGGUGCCUCCAGCUGUUGCGAAACUACAACUCCCAGCAUGCCCGGACAGCCUUUGGCUGUCCGGGCAUGCUGGGAAUUGUAGUUUUGCAACAGCUGGAGGCACCCUGCUUGGGAAACACUGAGCUGAACUGCUGAAGUUAGGCCGGUCUGAGAAAAGCACACAGUGAUGCUCGUGAUCUAGUCCUGUGCAGCGUCUGAGCUGCCAUAUUGACCGUAAUAUCUUAGGUGACUGGGGGGAACAUAUGCAUUUUAUGCUCUUUUUUGGGGGGGAUGUAGAUCAGAUUGGUAACAUGGGGAGGACUAAAGCUUUUAUCAUUCUUCAAUAGGAUUUUUAGAACAUUCUAUUAAAGGGGAAUUCCAGGAAAAAAACUUUGAUAUAU